UUUCUGUACAUAUGCGGCAGAGGCUUACGACGACACAUAAACAGAGAAUAUGAAAGUAACAACGAUAGCUGACACGAGUAACAACCGUCAAACGACGUUCGGUUAAACGCAGGCUUUUCAACUCGCUUUUGUUGCUGUGAAACGUCGUCGUCGUCGUAGUCGUUUGUGGGACGAAUAAGUGAGUAAACAAGUGAGCGCCGCUUAGUCAAUUCGAUUACUGGCUGUGUGUUUAAAUGGAACGUUACUGGUUGCUGCCGCUUGUUGGAUCGCAUAAUCGCUGGACAAUGAAGCAGAACACUGGGCGAAUGCACGUCAGAUCUAACGUAUGCGAUUUUCAAUAGUAAAAUAUAAUAGAGGAGACCGACGUUGGUGAAAUUUCAAAACAUAAUUCAAAAGCCUAAUAAAAGCAGCAAAAGAAAAGAGACUUAAUUAGUGCGCCAACAAAGCUUGUGGAUAAUCGAAUUUGAUAAGAGUAAAUAAAGGUUUAUUGAAUGAGGGUGGCACCCUGAACGCCAAGCGAACGGAGCAUUUAAUUAGUCGGAUUCCAGCAACAGUGGCUACAGCAGUAGCUUUCAGAAUGUCAGCAAAGACUUUUGAAACACCUCAACGAACGGUGCACACACAACGGCAAAAGAAUACCUACAACAACGGCCACCGCCCAGCUAAAGCGUGGAGUCACACCUGGCGAAGUCGCUAUGGCAGCGACGGUAGCAGCAACACCAGCAGUAAUACCAAAAGUUCAACACACUUGUUUACACAACGUUCUGGUCGCAGCAUGUUGCAAUCGCUGUUGUUAUAUUUCACCGUACUCCUAACUUUAGCAAACGCUCAAAACACCGAACAAUUACAGAUCGUGCCUAUCGCAGGUGAGUCAACAUUUUUCUACGUCGGUUGCUACACUGCGCGCACAGAUCUCCUGCAGGAGUCCAUUUACUCGAAGACGCCACGGACUUGUGUGGAAAUAUGCGAGCAUCAAAAUUUCAGCUACGCUAUUUUAUCCGCGGAACGUUGUUUCUGCAUGAACAAUGUCAUCGCGAAGGAUCGUCAAGAUGAUAAACUGUGCAAUACACGCUGCUUAGCUGACAAAUCACAGUAUUGUGGUGGCGUUGGUGUACACAGCUACUAUUCAACUAUAUGGGCCACAAAAACGGCACCGCGCAAUCUCCGGGUGAACAACGUUACCGAAUACACCAUAACAGUAGCUUGGGACUCGCACUUGUCUCCUAGCAAAGUUUUUGUGGCUGGCAUUGAGGCCGCCGCAAUGAACCCAGUACAAGAGAUUACGAAUUUCCGCAUACGUACACAUGUACUGCGCACGUACUCAACGCUGCCUUUCUUCCCGCAGCCUGAAUUUAUAGUGCAGAGCAUGGAGACAAGCUUCGAAAUUACUGACCUACAUCCGGCCACUGAGUACAAUAUAACCGUCGAGGCAAUGUGCGCACAAGUGGUAUGUGGCAAUGCCUCACUACACGCUACUACCGAAGUGGGUAUGCCUAGUCCCAGGCCCCCGCAGCCACGUGUGAUCCGCACAACAGAUUCCACUAUGAACAUAGAAAUCCCGCCGAUGCGUAAUGAUAAUGGACCGCUGUCCAAAGUGCUGGUAAUUGUGGAACGUGUAGAUGCCUCGUUGAGUCAACCGUUCGACACCGGACUACUGGGUGGUUGGCAAAAAUCCCAAGAUGAUGGAUUGCCGUACUACAUAGCAGCACAGCUGGAUUACAAUGGACCGGACGAUAAUCGAAAGCGGCAAUUUAUUGUGGGCGAUGGCAGGCAUUAUGGGCCUUAUUUGAAUGUGCCAUUGAAUACGACUGGCGCUGAUAUACACAUCAGCUUGGGUUUGGUAAGCACUUUGAAUGGUGUAACAAAGACCCUGUAUACACGUGGUUCACACGAUCAACACACAAUUACAUUGGAUAAUUUUCAAUACGCCACCUUCGAUUCGGGCCGCGCUUCCAUUAUUGCUUUGACCGUGACUUGUAUCGUAUUUGCCAUCUGUUUGAUACUCAGCGUGUUCACGUAUUUCUAUUUGCGCUACAAGACCUGCCAGGCGCGCGGAGGUUUGAAUCGCAAUGCUCAUGAGAUGACCAUGCAACAGCCGAUUAUCGAGCGCGAGAACAAUGGGUUCGUUGUGGAGGAUGAGUUGCUGCCCGCUGAGAAUUUCCGCCAGCAGCUUGAUGUGCUCAUCUCGGCUUUGGACCCCAGCAAACGGUUGCCCCGCAAUGCAUUGCGCAUGAAUGUUAAUGACAUAUUUGCGGAUGGACGCUAUGGUGAGGUAAUUACUGGCAAAUUUAUCUCGGCUGCAUUGCCGGAAGCUAGCGCCGACUGUCAACUGCAUGUGCUCGCUUUGGACGAUUUGCAGGGUAAAGAGCAAGCACACCUGCUACGUGACUUCCGCAAUCUUUCCAAGUUGCAGCGACACGAGCAUUUACUCGACUUCUAUGGCAUCUCGUCUAGCACCGAUUGGUUUUAUUUGGUCUUUGAGCAUCAAACUGUAAGUUUGAAACGUCGUCUUAUCGAAAGUAGGCGCGUGCCUAACACGGCGCCAAUGCAACGUAUUACUGCACUCUCCGAAGAGUUGGUACUACAGUGGAUCUAUGAGAUAGCCAGCGCGCUCGAAUACCUUAGCAGUUGCAAAGUGGUGCACAAACAAUUGUGUUCACAUAACAUUUUCGUCACGGCCGAUGCCAAACUAAAGGUGUCGGUAUUCGGUCCAAUUCCGUAUGUGCAAAACGAAAAGAAAAUCGACAUAACACGUUGGUUGGCACCGGAAGCGUUACGUUACCAACACUUUUCCGUCAAAUCGGACGUGUGGUCGUUCGCUUGUGUCGCUUGGGAGUGCUGUACACUGGGCGGCACGUUAUAUGCCAAUAUCACAAACACACAACAACUACUUGACGCAAUUAAGAGUGGUUCACGACCUGCCCAACCGUCAUUCGUCUUUCAGGACCUGUACCAACUAUUGCUCAACUGCUGGCAGCUAGAGCCAAGUGAACGUAUCAAUUUCGAGGAGAUCGCGUAUAAUGUGCGUCAGCUAAUGACAUCACCGCGACACGCGUUAUGCUUUGAUCGAGUGCCGGAACUGCCCGGCGAUAAUGUGCUCGACACGCUGCCAUAUUACAUGCCAAUGCUGGAAAUGCUGAACUAGCAACAUGUGGUUUUGUGAAAAUAAUCAUUGUAAGCAUACAAAGGAGCGAGUCAAAUGUGCCUAAUAUGAAUGGUAAAUAUUAAUAUGUUUGGCCUCCAGCCUCUGCCUUUUGUUGCGACAGCUCUGUUCACAACAAAAAUGAAAUCUCAAAUCAUAGUUUUGUCUAAUUUUAAAACAAUAAUUGUAAUAUCAUAUGUACUUUUUGUUUAUUUUGUAGCAAAAUAAGUUUAUUGAUUGAUUUUACUUUAAAUUAUUUUUUUAGACGUAAAUAAGCGUUUUGAUUGCAGAAAGCCAGUGUUCUGAUAUGUAGCUAUUUAUUUUAGUUUAAAGCCAAAUAUCCCUGCAGACAAGGGAAAGUUUAAUUACUGUGUAUUUCAAUAGAAAAAAAUCCGAAUAUACUAAUGUUGUAACAACAUGUUGUACAAAAUGUAUUGUUUUUGAAUACACUAGAAAUAUAAAAGUCCAUGCUAUGUUACAA